CAUUCACCGAGGAUGUCCACCGACAUCACACAAGACCCAUUCUACUUCGUCCUCAUAGGCAUCCCUGGAUUUGGGGACCAGCACGUCUGGAUUUCCAGCCCACUCUGCUGCUUCUACAUCAUCUCCGCAGGUAACAGCACCGUCCUCGCUGCCGUGUACACGGAGCCCUCUCUCCCGCCCAUGUUCCUAUUUCUCUCUGUGCCGGCCCUGACUGACCUGAGUCUCACCCUCGCCACCCUGCCCACCAUCCUGCAGCUCUUCUGGGUCAGCAUUCGCAAAAUCAGCUUUGAGGCCUGCUUUGUCCCAUUGAAUGGGAUCCUAGGACUAUCAGGCAUCCCUUUUCGCCCUGCUUCCUUCCUGCUGACUGGAAUCCCUGGUCUGGAGAGCUCACAUCCCUGGCUGGCAGGUCCUCUCUGUGUGAUGUAUGCAGUGGCCCUUGGGGGAAACAUAGUGGUGCUGCUGACUGUGGGAACAGAGCCCAGCCUCCAUGCACCCAUGUACUACUUCCUGUCCAUGUUAUCCUUCAGUGACAUGACCAUGGCCAUGGCCACACUGCCCACUGUAUUCAGAACCUUCUGCCUCAAUGCUCCAAACAUUGUUUUUGAUGCCUGCCUAAUCCAGAUGUUUCUCAUUCACUCUUUCUCCAUGAUGGAGUCAGGUAUCCUGCUGGUCAUGAGCCUCGACCGCUAUGUGGCCAUUUGUGACCCAUUGCGUUAUGCUACUGUGCUCACCAAUGAAGUCAUUGCUGGGAUGGGCUUAGCAGUCACUGCUCGGAGCAUUAUAACCCUCUUCCCUCUUCCCUUCCUCAUCAAGAGGCUUCCUAUCUGCAGAUCCAAUGUUCUUUCCCACUCCUACUGUCUGCACCCAGAUAUGAUGAAGCUCGCCUGCGCUGAUAUCACUAUCAACAGCAUCUAUGGACUCUUUGUUCUUGUAUCCACUUUUGGCAUGGACCUGUUCUUUAUCUUCCUCUCCUAUGUGCUCAUUCUGCAUUCUGUUCUGGCCAUUGCCUCCCAUGAGGAACGCCUCAAAGCACUCAACACUUGUGUUUCCCAUAUCUUAGCUGUGCUUGCGUUUUAUGUACCAAUGAUUGGGGUCUCCACAGUGCAUCGCUUUGGGAAGCACAUCCCACAUUACAUCCAUAUCCUCAUGUCCAAUAUCUACCUCUUUGUGCCUCCUGUGCUAAAUCCACUCAUUUACAGUGCCAAGACAAAGGAGAUCCGCAGAGCCAUUGUCCGCAUGUUCCACCGCCUCAAACUGUGA